CCUGUAUAAGGGCUCAUAUCCAAGCCAAGGUCAGCAGAAAUUACUUAUUCUUUUGCAAAACGAUUAUUCUAUUGCAAAAGUAUUACAGUCAGUGCACAGUCAUAUUUUUGUCAUCUCGUUGCCAUUACUGGUGCGCUUGGUGUCCACAUUAGUGACACUCUUCUUGGUAGUCGGAUUUUAAUUGGAAGUAACCAGAAUUGACUAACGGUCACCGAAUGUAAAGUAAACGCUUUACAUUCAGCGAUCGUUGGAGAAUCCCCAAGUUUGCCAACCGCCAAUAGCAUUUACAAAUUUGUCUCCCGACUGUCCCACUGUUUUUUAUUUAAGCAAAUAUGCCAAUAGGAAGCAGAAGCCGGGCGUCGAGGAUGCCCCCUCCAGCCAGGUAACACUUGGGGUUUAAUUCCCUUUUGUUAAAGAAAGGUAGAGUAGAUAUUUUUAGUUAGCACAAAUGCUAACGUUUAGGUAAUGUCAUAGUGCCGUAUGUUAGCUAGGAAAGUGCAGGUCAUGAGGUGCUUCAAGUAGCUUAUAAAGAUCAUUUCAAUUUAAACCUCAAUUGCUGGUUAAUCUGGGUAUUGCUCAGAAAGUUACUGUGUUAUGAAAAUGAUGAAGGUCAUUGUCUUUAUCGUGGUUUCCUCUGUAAAAAUCCCCACAUGCUAGCGAAGCCAGUGGAGUUGCAUCAACUUCUAUAGUUUUGUCUUCUAACCUGCAGCUAAACUGAGACUUUAUUCUUCCGAGUUAUAAUUAAAUAAGUCGCACAAGGGUUGGAAGUAUUUCUGUUUCUCUUCUCCUUGUGGGAAGUAUAAUCCCUCUGUCCUCAUUUCUCUUUCACUAAAUAUAUCCAAAACUAAGCUGAAUAUAUAGCUGAAACUAAGAAUUGCAAGAACACUUUUGACUCUUGGUGCUUAAUAAUUUGUACCAAUGUCUCCACCUGUAAGGCCAAGCUGCAUAGGGAAAGACUGAUUAUUUUCCACAGUGACAUGUUGUUUAAAGUUCACUUUGAACACAGGUGGGCUUACUUUAUCCAGCUACAGGAUAACACUUUUUCUUAGCAAGUGAAGAACAGAUCCCAGGAGGAGACGCAAAUCCCUUUGUGGUUGCAUCAAGAAGAGCAUCUGAAUAUUAUUCUCGCUUGUGAAUAAGUGAUCAGCUGAAAGUAGCUCUUUGUUGUCUUACUAGUGUGGAGAUAUUCUCCGAAUCAGAGCUUCACCUUUAUCUAAGCUUUCAUAAACCUUUGCUGUGAUUCAGAGUAAUAGCUGGAAUAACAGAUGUCAGCUCAUAUCUGUUUUUGAUUGUGUUUGGACUAAAAAGUUCUUAACAAAACGCUUUUGUUACAGCCGGGCUCCACCGUCCUCACCACCUACGGCCCGGGCUCCACCAUCCCCACCACCUACGGCCCCGGUUCCCCCCCUACGCACCGGCUCCGUCCGCUGUCGGCACACCAUCUGGGCAAUGUAUGUUUGCCCAGAUGGCGUCUACAGCCACUGGGGUGGCAGUAGGGUCGGGGGCAGGGGCCACGGUUACACAGACUAUGACGGGAGGUUUGGGUGGAGGACAGUCAGAGCCUGCCAGGCCUGACAUCACUCAGGAGCCGUACCAGCAGGUGGGGCCUCAGCAGCAGCAGCAGCAGCAGGCCUGCUCUGAAGAGAUGAGGAGUUUUUUGGCCUGUGCCAUAAACACAAGCGACCUGAAGGUGUGCGAGGGCGUCAACGAGGCGCUCAAAAAGUGCAUUUUUGCAAAUGGUCUGUCAUUAGAAGACCUGCUGUAAAUCAAUUUUUUCUAAUAUUAUUCUUUGAUUGUUUUAUUUUUUUUAAUGGUUUCAUUUCAUUUCAUUCAUUUUUUAAAAAAUUAAUAUCUUGAAUCAAUUAUAAAUCUACUUAAUCACUAAUCAUUGUAAAAUUUAAUAAAGUGUUAAAUUGUAAAUAGACUGGUUCUUAUACCCUGUUUAAAGUAAAUGUUUAGCUAAACAUUUACUACGUGACAGGGGAUUUCUUAAGAAUCACCCCGCAGUUCUUCAGCUUGAGACACCUGAGUUAGAAAACACAAACACUGCAGUUGUCUUUACUCGCGAGGGCAGUCAUGGAUGCACGACCUGCGUCUCAUCACUGUCUGCGUGCUUUAUUUAUACUUUUCUGUGUGUGUGUGUGUGUGUGUGUGUGUGUGUGUGUGUGUGUGUGUGUGUGUGUGUGUACGUACAAAUAAAACAGAGUUAUUCUAAGAACUCAGAGCUGAGGUUCCCCUUUUUCUAAAUCUGUAUGUUCUUACAGAAAGAGGAAGCUGUAAGUUGUUUAUCACACAAGUUAUUAGGUGAAAAGUCACAUAGACAUGUGGUUUGCUUAGUGAUCCAUAAAAGGGCACAUUUCAUGUAGCUGAUCACAUUAUGUACAAUUUUCUUUUAACAUUCCCUCCUGUUUAUCAGAGAAAUGAAAUGUACAUGUUAUCACUAAGUACCGAUUUGUCUUUCACAUUUUCAGUUACUACAUAAUUAGUUGCACUUCAUUUUCAUCUUACAAAUAGGAAAAUGAGUCUUCAUGAUCUUCCUUGGUUUUUGGUACAUCUGCAUAUGCUGUGAGUGACAAACUUAUCAUCUGUGAGAUUACAGCUUUUAAACAAGGAAUAACUCAAGUAAAGAAAAGCAAAAUAAAACCAGGGAAACUCCAACGCCGAUCAACAGUCUCUAUAGAAUCUGAAGCCAUGUUUAAAGAAUGUACAGGUGCAGCACGUGGUGUUGAAUAAGACACUCAAUCCUCCUUUCUCAGCCAGGAUCAUGUCCAGUGCUACACGAUGUUUCAUUACAGCAAUUCUGAGAGCGUCUAUUUCUUGGUUUUGUCCCUCGUUGACCUUCCAGGAUGCAUUGAGGAACAAGCCGAAUCUAUAGUCCAGUGUCUCACUUCUGAGAACAUGUUUUCCAACUCCUGCCCACGGGAAGAGUGGGUUGAGUACCUUUUGUCCAGUUGUCCAGAGUUUGAAUUCUUCAGGUACGUCGGUUCCCCAGAUUGAGUCAUGUGGUCUGACUGUUGAAGUUGAGCGUUUCUUCCUGGAUGAGGAUGUUGAUGUUGUUGUGCACUUUACACAAGUCAUUCUGAAGGUGUGGUCGGAGAUCAGAAUUAGUGCACCUGUUCCAGGGUGUUUCCCAUAAAUGGUUGUGUUAAUACGCUCGGUAUGUGCGAGCAAAUGUAACAGUCUUUCUCUGUGGUCCUGUUAAACACCUAUCUUUAUCAGGCAUUUUCAUCCAAGGAUGGAUGUAGUCUCAUGUCAUGUCCAUUAGGUCGAGGUUGUCGUAUGUCCAUCUUCUCUGUCUGCCUCGUGGCUCAGCUGCUGUUGGCAUCAGCUGGGGUCCUGUAAGGGUGAGCUUUGUAGUCAAGGUAACCAGGAGGGUUCCCCUUCCCAUGGUUGCACAUAGGUCCAUCACACCUGCACCUGGCUGCCCUAAAGUUGAUCGGAUGGAGAUUGGAGUGCGGGCUUACCCGACGGGGGCCCAAUCAGCACUUCCCCCCCUCACCCCCGAAGCAACCAAGCGUAGGUGAGGCUUCCCUAAUGUGCUUCCUCCUUGGUGUCGGGGCUUCCCGGGACCUCAACCUUUUUGCAGUGGCUCUGAUGUAUCCAGGAGGGUCUCUCUGCAAUUUUACAGGCUGUGGGUGUUGUCAAUAACACUUGGUAUGGGCCUCCCAGCGAGGCAAGCUCCAAUUUUUCCUCUGGAGCACCCGUAUUAGGACCCAAUCGCCUGGUUUCAACCUGCAAGAGACUGGAGAAGAGUCGUACGGCAGUUUAUUGUUCAAAACAAUAUCCUUGUCUUCUAGUAGUUUUGUCAUCCAUUCUGCCAGAGUUGUUUCUCUGACAGAUUUGUCUAAGGGUUCACUUGUCACUGGUAGUGGAAAAGGUCUCCCAUGAACAACCUCAAAUGGUGUAAGUUUUUGAGGGCCUUGUGUUAAUCUCGUGUAUUUUUACUAGGCCUAUGCAUUGAGGCCAUGGUCUUCCUGUUUCUGCCAUGCAUUUUCUGAGUCUCUGUUUUAUAGUGCCGUUAGUUCUCUCCCAAUGCAUACCCUGAAUUGGGACACAGCCAGU